CCGCAGCUCCGGUACUUUGCUAUACCGAGUUCCCCUAAAAACGCCUCGGGUUUGGCCUCUUGGGGCCCUGCACCAGCACCGGAUAGCGCGCACAAGCCCCCGUCCUCGUCGGGCAGCGGUCCGACCGCGGGCUGCCCGGUACUGAGAUAUGCCGCCCAAGCUCUUCCAGCGCGCCACGGCCGACGGCUACGCCGCCGAGGCGGAGACGGCCAAGGAGCGCCUCGACCGCUUGGAACGGGAGUACAAGAUCAAGCAGGAGAAGGCCAAGCGGCGCGCGAAGAACUCGGGCCCGAACCUGCGGUGGAAGCCGCCCGUGGUUGAAAGAUUAGACCCGACGCAGGACGCCGUCUGGCGGGCCGUGGUCGAGGCGCCGGUGGAGAACGAGGACGACGACCACGAGCUCAUGUACGUGCUCAAUAAAAAUGAGCCCGAGAUCAACUUUACGUACUGCGGGCAGACGCCCUUCUUCUACGCGUGCAACUACGGCAAGGUCGGCGUCGUGAAGCUGUUGCUGCGCUGGCCCCACCCGACGGAGCUCGACGUGAACCAGCGCUCGGAUGGCGGCGAGACGCCGUUCCUCGCGGCCUGCCGCGGCGACCACCUCGGCGUCGUCAAGGUCUUGCUCGAGACGGGGCCCAAGGCGAGCCCGCUCCUCGAGGAUUUGGAUCCAAAUCAAAAGGCGAAUGAUGGUCGGAGCGCGCUCUGGUGCGCCGCGCACAAGGGCCACGUGCGCACGCUCAAGUGGCUCCUCGAGAACUGCGGCGUCGGCCGCCUCGACUGGGAGGCGGCGGCCGACGGCCUCGAGGGCUUCGACCCGCCGCGCAAGGUGACCUGUUUACAAGCCGCCAAGGCCAUGGCGCGCGGCGACGACGUGCUCAAGAUCGUCAAGCAGGGCGUCUCGAAGCAGCGGCGCGAACGGGCCCGCGCCCGCAUGCGCCGCGCGCAGAAGGCGACGAAGGCGUCCGUGCGCAUGCGCGACGCCGACGGCGUCUUCUUCGGCACGGACAUCUACGACUCGUCGAACCUCGACGACCUGAACCGCGAGAAGCACGACCUCGGCAACCAGAAGGGCAUCGACUACGGCGGCCGCACGGCGGCGACCGACGAGCUCAACGCCAAGGCCGCCGCGGCCCAGGGCGGCGGCGACAACAAGGCCCUCGCCAUGUUCGGCGGGGGCAAGAAGAAGAGCCCCUUUGGGUGACGGGACUGCUAAAACCAUGUGUUGUGUGCUUUGCCUUAGAGCUAGGCCGCCUCCGCGGACUCGG